ACAUUAAAUGUUUCUCCGUGUUGCUUUCUCUAUGUAGUUAGAAACCAAAUUAAGUCUUCAGUCCUUUAGCUUGAACAUAAGGACAUUUUAUAUUAAUUUUCGAAAUAUGAAGGAGAAAUUAUCACCGGAAGAGCCGAUGCAAGAACGUCUUGGAACCUCCACGGCGUUUUUUACACGUCCGCUAUAAAAGUACCAUGGGGAAUUCAACUGAAAUACUGAUUUUUCUACAAGGACUGAAUGAGACAGUGUCAAGCAAGCGCACAUACUUUAUCCUCAUUCUUCUUGUUUACAUUUUUACCGUUUUAGCGAACCUGACUGUGAUUGGGACAGUUAUUUUGGAGAAAACGCUGCAUGAGCCCAUGCUUGUAUUCCUGUGUAACUUGUGUAUAAAUGGUAUACUUGGUGCCUCCAUAUUUUAUCCUAAAAUAUUGGCGGACCUUUUAUCUGACUUAAGUGUUACUUCGUAUAAAGCGUGUCUGGGUCAAAUUUUUCUAAUAUACUGCUACGUGUACUGCGAAUAUGGUACGUUAGCAGUGAUGGCUUACGACAGGUAUAUCGCGAUAUGCAAGCCGCUCAAUUACCACUCCAUCAUCACGCCACAGAAGGUGAUUAAAUUACUGUUAUUUGCCUGGCUUUCAUCCAUCUGUGAAUCAGUUGUUGUGGUGGGCUUGAUAGCCAGACUGCCCCUCUGUGGAUUCAACAUCGAUAAGCUUUACUGCACUGCCUGGGACGUGGUAAAGCUGUCGUGUGUGGACACCUCUAUCAACAACAUAUGCGGGUACAUUCUCAUGGCUCUUCAACUUUCGCUAGCAGUGCUGGUUGUGAUUUCCUAUAUUUAUAUCAUCAGAGCAUGUGUGCGAUCGCCGAAAGAACGAAGUAAGUUCAUGCAGACCUGUUUGCCCCAUUCAAUCGCUCUGUCCAAUUUCUUAAUCGCACACGGUUUUGACAUCAUGUAUGCUCGCUAUGGUCCCACCGACCGUCUGCAUGCUCUCCGUAAUGUCAUGUCCCUGGACUACCUCAUUGUUCCACCCAUCCUAAAUCCCCUAGUUUAUGGUCUGAAACUGAACCAAAUCCGCCGGAGGAUCUUUAGAAUGAUAAGUCCGAAAACACAUGCUCUAAAGUGAAUGUUUGUACUUUGUUCAGGCAGGAAAAUCAAUAUCCGCCUACAGAUGUUUUCAUAAAAUGACAACAAUACAAUAAUUAUUCUAAACAGCAGAACUAAAGGAUUCAAAGAUGCCACACAGUUUUAGAUAUUACCGGAAGUAAUAUUAGCCUAUCUUGUUCUAGUGGCCUGCUUUGGUUUACAUUAUGUUUUUUACUUUCACGCAAAACUUUGCGGGGUAUGGGUUGCGAUGCCUGGUGUAUGAAAACAUGGCCCUUAUAGUACAUUCAGAGCGGGAAAACCCAGACAGAUGCAAACUGGAAUGAGUCACUUUUUUAUCCCGUGUUGAGACUGCUAUUCAUAUUCAAGAGAGUAAAAAAAUGUUGAUUACAUUUUAGGUUACAGUGAUAAAAAGAAUUAUUAAUGUUCCUGUGUUUUUCCAAAAUGAGUCUUUCUCUUAGAUAUUUACAAAAAUAUCAUAAGGCAAUAAAUAUAUAGAACAAUGUUUUAAUGAGGUCUGUUGUUAUUUAACUUUUUGAAUUCUGGUGUUCAGUCGUUGUUGGGGAAACCUAGUCUCUGCUAUCAUUCUUUUCUCUCUAUCCUAUGACGCAUUGUGCAGACAGGUGCAGCCACCUCAAGGCCAGAUGAGGUAAUCAGCGGAAAGUUUUGAUUGAAGAUCACAGUGGAGAGAAGUUAUUGGUGGACACAUUCUAUGAGCGUGCCCAACGUGUGGGGAUUCUGAUUCUUGCCAAUUAAAGAUGGAUGUAUCAGACAGUUCAGGACUGCGUCUUGGACUGCCCUUCAGAAACUCUCCCUGUGUGCAGAUUGGUCAACAAAUGUCACUUGUUGGACCAGCCAUUGCCAUCUCAUCCUUGGGGUUCCUAGACAAAGAAAUGGUAAUGGCAAGCAUAUUUGUUUUUUUCUGUAGCAUUUAUUUUGUUUCACAUAAACUUGUAUCUCGGUGAGUAAAGCAUUCUUGGUUUGCAGUAGUUUCAGAGACUGUUCAAACUAAUAUUUCGGAUUAUAAAUUCUAAUAAAAAUGAUACUUUAACUACAGUGAACAUAAACUGUCAUGGUUCUGUGUUUUCCCGUCUGUGUUUCCUUGUUAGGCCGCCAGAUGGCGGCACUUCUG